AUGGAUAACAGCAAAGAGUUUGAUCACACCAAAGAGUUUUCGUGUGCUGGGAGGAUCACUGGGGUUUGCAAGGAAAAUGGAAAUGCAUCUCAAUACGGAUUAAACUGCAGCAUAUACCAAGAUCUACUUGUUCUGAAAAAUCACAGCCUAAAUCUGCCUCAAAUAAGAUACACAACCAAUGUAUACAAAGCAGUGUAUGCUGUGGCUUAUGCAUUACACAGUCUGCUGAAAUGCAAAGAACAGAAAGGUUGUGAGAAAGGCCUAACAAUACAACCACAGCAGGUGGUUGAAGCUCUAAAAAAAGUAAAUUUCACUGUAAAGUUUGGCGAUCGUGUGUGGUUUGACAGCACUGGUGCUGCAGUAGCCCAGUAUGAAGUUGUGAACUGGCAGAAGGACUCUGAUGGAUCAAUUCAGUUUAAAGCAGUGGGUUACUAUGAUGCCUCACUGCCCCCUGACCAGCGCUUUGUACUUAAUACUGAAAACAUAAUCUGGGCAGGAGGACAGCUGAAGAAGACAAAGUCUGUGUGCAGUGAGAGUUGUCCUCCAGGCACUAGGAAGGCCGCACAAAAAGGAAGACCUGUCUGCUGUUAUGACUGUAUUACAUGUGCAGAUGGAGAGAUCAGUAAUGAGACAGAUUCAAAUAACUGCCAGCAGUGUCCAGGGGAAUACUGGUCAAAUACUGAGAACACUGAAUGUGUGUUAAAGGCUGUAGAGUUUCUGUCAUUCACAGAAGUUAUGGGUAUAGUGUUAGUCUUUUUCUCUCUGUUUGGAGUAGGAAUAACUGUACUGGUGGCAAUCCUGUUUUACAGUAAGAAGGACACUCCCAUAGUAAAAGCCAACAACUCAGAGCUGAGCUUCCUGUUGCUCUUCUCAUUGAUUCUGUGUUUUCUCUGUUCACUUACUUUUAUUGGUCGCCCCACAGAGUGGUCCUGUAUGUUGCGUCACACAGCGUUUGGGAUCACUUUUGUCCUCUGUAUCUCCUGUGUUCUGGGGAAAACAAUAGUGGUGUUAAUGGCAUUCAAGGCCACACUUCCAGGAAGUAAUGUCAUGAAAUGGUUUGGGCCUGCACAACAGAGACUCAGUGUUUUUGCCUUUACACUUAUACAAGUUCUUAUCUGUGUGCUUUGGCUAACAAUAUCUCCUCCUUUCCCAUAUAAAAAUAUAAAAUAUUAUAAGGAGAAGAUCAUUCUUGAAUGCAGUCUGGGCUCUGCUGUUGGUUUCUGGGCUGUGUUGGGUUAUAUUGGUCUUCUUGCUCUCUUGUGCUUCAUUUUAGCUUUUCUGGCUCGGACGCUGCCUGAUAACUUCAAUGAAGCUAAAUUCAUCACAUUCAGUAUUCUCAUAUUCUGUGCUGUAUGGAUCACAUUUAUCCCAGCUUAUGUCAGCUCUCCUGGAAAAUUUACUGUAGCUGUGGAGAUAUUUGCUAUUUUAGCAUCAAGUUUUGGUUUGCUGUUUUGUAUAUUCACACCUAAAUGUUACAUCAUUCUGCUUAAGCCUGAACAAAAUACAAAGCAACAUUUGAUGGGAAAAACACAAACUAAGACCUAA